AUGCGUUAUCGAUUUGGACGUACAUUUCUUUAUAUUAUUGGACUUGCAUUUCUUAUUUUUAUUAUACCUUUUCUUAUGUCCAAACUUGAUUCUGGUACUAGUCGAUCAACAGAUGAAGAAAAUAAAGUUGAUUAUUCAGAUAGCAACAAAGCUAAUCCAGAAUCUUCUAAUAUUCGAAGUCCAACAAAGAGUAAUAGUUUACAACCAAUAAUGAGUGAUUCACUGGGAAAUUAUGAACCAAAAGAUAGACAAAUACAAUCAGGUCCAGGCGAAGGAGGUACCCCUGUUAUAGUUUCUGCUGCAGAAGAACAAGAAGCACAACGAACAAUAACUCGAUAUGGUUUUAAUAUGGUUGCUUCCGAUAAAAUAUCCCUGGAUAGACAAAUUAAAGAUACAAGACUAGAAGAAUGUAAACAUUGGAUAUAUCCUGAUGUAAAACAUUUACCAACAGCUUCUGUCAUACUUGUUUUUUUUGAUGAAGGUUGGAGUGUUUUAUUACGUACUGUACAUAGUGUAAUUAAUACAUCACCAAAAGAACUACUUAAAGAUAUAAUUCUAAUCGAUGAUGGUAGUAGUGAUCCUGCUUUACUUGCACCAUUAGAAAAAUAUAUUAAACGUUGGAAUGGUCUUGUUAAACUUUAUCGAACAGGAAAACGUAUCGGUUUAAUUGCAGCACGUACACUUGGCGCAGAAAAAUCGACUGGUGAUGUUAUUGUUGUACUUGAUGCUCAUUGUGAAUGUGUUGUUAAUUGGCUUCCACCAUUAUUAACACGUAUUGCAAUUAACCGUAAAGCAUUAGCUGUACCAAUAGUUGAUGGAAUUGAAUGGAAAACUUUAGAACAUAUGAAUAUAUAUGGUUCAUCAAUUUUUCGAGGAAUUUGGGAAUGGGGAUUUUUAUAUAAAGAAACUGAAGUACCAGAACGAGAAUUAAACAAAAGAAAACAUUCAUCCGAACCUUAUUGGUCACCAACACAUGCUGGUGGUUUAUUAGCUAUUGAUCGUCAAUGGUUUUUUGAAUUAGGUGCUUAUGAUCCAGGCAUAAAAGUAUGGGGAGCUGAGCAAUAUGAAUUAUCAUUUAAAGUUUGGCAAUGUGGUGGUGUUGUUGAAUGGGUCCCAUGUUCUCAUGUUGCACAUGCAUAUCGUGGUCCACGAAGUCAUUCAGUUCAUGUACCUGAUGCAAGUCCACAUCAAACAUCUAUAAAUCAUAUGCGUUUAGCUGAAGUAUGGAUGGAUGAAUUUACUGAAUAUUAUUAUAUACGUGAACCAGCUAUUCGUAAAUUAGAUAUUGGUGAUAUAUCAGAACGUAAACAAUUAAGAAAUAAAUUACAAUGUAAACCAUUUAAAUGGUUUAUGGAAAAUAUUGCUUAUGAUGUUUUACAAAAAUUUCCACCACCACCAAAAAAUAUCGUUUGGGGAGAAUGUAAAAAUGCUCAACAUUCAGUUUGUUUAAAUGAUCGAGGAGCUUCAUUUGGUCAACCAAUUGGUGUUAGUGGUUGUUAUAGACAACAAGUUUGGCGUUUAAAUGAAGAUGGUGAAAUAUCAUCCGGUGAACAUUGUUUUAUAUCUGAUCAUGAUAUAGUCAAAAAAAAAUUUUGUUUGGAUCAUCAUGGUCGAUGGAAUCCAGUUGGUGAAUGGCAAUAUGAUAAGUCAACAAAACAAAUUCGAAGCAAUAAAGAACAUCUAUGUAUGGAAACUAAUGGCAAUGAUUUAAAAUUAAGUGAAUGCAAUGAAAAAAAAGAAUCUCAAAAAUGGAUGUCAAUCAUUUUCAAUAAUUUUCCUCGUUAUAGUUUUUUUAUUCGAAGGAUGACAACAUUAGCCGGUUCAAUAUCAAAAAAUGUUGAAGGAUUUAUUAAUUUUAUUAAUAAAAGUCCAACAGCAUUUCAUUGUGUUGAUAAUGUUAAAACAAUAUUAACUUCAACAGGUUUUAAAGAAUUACGAGAAAAUGAACAAUGGAAUAUUGAACCUUUGGGAAAAUAUUUUGUUAUUAAAAAUGGUUCAUGUAUUGCGGCAUUUGCUGUUGGUGGAAAAUAUACAAAUGGCAAUGGUUUUGCUUUAGCAGCAACACAUACUGAUUCACCACAUCUUCGAGUAAAACCUGUAUCAAAACGAGAAGAGAGUGGUUAUUUACAAGUCAAUGUUGAAUGUUAUGGUGGUGGUAUUUGGCAUACGUGGUUUGAUCGAGAUUUAACAUUAGCUGGACGAGUUUUCUUUCGAAAACAAAAUGGUAAAAUUAAUCAACAUUUGGUACAUAUAAAUCGACCUAUACUUCGUAUACCAACUAUUGCUAUUCAUCUUAAACGUGAUACUAAUGAAAAAUUAGAAAUCAAUAAACAAGAUCAUUUACAAGCUGUAUUAUCAUUAAAAACUGAAGAAGAACUAAAUAAAUCAACAAAAGAAAAAGAGACAACAUCGGAUACAAAUAAAAAAUUAAUCGAUGAAUCAAAAAAACAUCAUAGUCAAUUAUUAGAAUUACUUGCUAAUGAAUGUAAUUGUCAAGCAGAUGAUAUUAUUAAUUUUGAUUUAAUGCUUGCUGAUACUCAACCAUCAUGUGUUGGUGGUCUUAAAAAUGAAUUUAUUUAUUCUGGACGACUUGAUAAUCAAAUGAGUGCAUAUUGUGCAAUUCAAGGUCUUGUCAAUACACUUGAUACGCUUCCAGAUGAAACAUUUAUUCGUGGAGCUUUAUUAUAUGAUAAUGAAGAGAUUGGUUCUGAAAGUGCUCAAGGUGCUAUGAGCGAAUUUACUCAACAUACAUUACGUCGAAUGACACGUGCUGAAUAUGAACGUUCAGUGUCAAAUUCAUUUCUUGUUUCAGCUGAUAUGGCUCAUGGUGUCCAUCCAAAUUAUAGUUCUCUUCAUGAUCGUGAUCAUAGACCAUCAUUAUUAAAUGGUGGAGUUGUUGUUAAAACAAAUUGUUGUAAUCGUUAUGCAACAACAGCAUUUACAGCAACAUUAAUUAAAGAAAUUGCUCGUUUAAGCAAUGUUCCAUUACAGGAAUUUUGUAUGAGAAAUGAUAUGCCAUGUGGUACAACUGUUGGUCCAAUACUUGCUUCUCGUCUUGGAAUGUAUACAGUUGAUGUUGGUGCGCCACAAUUAUCAAUGCAUUCAAUACGUGAAAUGACAUCAACACAAGCAUUAGAACAUUAUUUAGUUUUUUUUAACGGAUUUUACAAGAAUUUUAAACAAGUUUACGAUUCAAUCGAACAUUAA